GGCCGCUGUGACGAGGCUCUCUCCCCCGCGCUGAGGUCGCAGGGCGGGGCUCCGGCUUGUGCAGAGUACGUGUGCUUCACAGCAGUUAGCCUGUUAGCAGCACAGCUCAGCUGAAGUCGGAACCAUGGUGCUGCUCGAAAACGACUCGUUCCUCACCGAGCUCACGCGGCUUUUCCAGAAGUGCAGAUCAUCCGGCAGUGUCGUCAUCACACUAAAGAAAUAUGACGGGAGGACCAAGCCAGCGCCCCGGAAAGGCCACACGGAGACAUUUGAACCAGCAGACAACAAAUGUCUCAUCAGAGCGUCUGAUGGCAAGAAGAAAAUUAGCACAGUGGUCAGCACCAAAGAAGUCAUCAAGUUUCAAAUGGCGUACUCCAACCUCCUUAGAGCUCACAUGGAUGGACUUAAGAAGAAAGACAAGAAAAGCAAAAGCAAGAAAACCAAAGCCACCCAAUGAGCAACAGACUCUUUAACAUAACCGUGGGUACCUAGACUGGCCUGUACUAUCUGAGGGGGAACAGGGAAAGGCGCCUCCACAUGGUCCAUCUUCCCAUUCACCCGAGGCCUCAGAAUCACUGUCCAUUCACAUGGUGGCUGCUUCAACGUUACGCCAUUGUUUGCAUGAUAAUGUCUCAUCCCCGGCCGGUCGGUGCCAUCGGUGAUCUGGAACAGAGAACCUGAGGAUUCCUCACACCUCGUACAGGACGAAGCAAGUUCAUUGAGUCUCCACCAUCUUUGCUUCGGGGAAACCAGGUCAUCAACAGCUGUGUCACAUCUGGAGCCAAAUCCAUGGAGCCCAACGAUUAUCCGCCUUUCACACUAUUUAAUUGUUAGAGUCCCUAUUUAUGUUAUAUUCACGGCUAACCUGCGAGCUGUGCUGCCAUACAACAAUUCGACUGCGUCUUGUGAAUAAUGUUUGAUAUUCCGCUCACUGGAAUUUUCCUGUUAUUAAAAAUCAUUUACAGUAAAGUUGCUUGGAAAUACAGAUCUGAUGUAUUUUUAACCAGUUUUACUGUAUUUAACUUUUUUCUUAAUUUUAUGUUCUAAGUUUACCUUUUUUGAAGUACAAUGAAUAUUUUGCCUCCUUGUUUUCAACCACAGUUGCGUAACCAAGCCGUCAAACUGGCCGUUGAAUUGUGAAACACCAUAAAAUGUACUGUAUGACUUAAGUUAAUGUCGUUAAUUGAUACCUGAAUAAGUUGAGUAGCACAAAUCUGUUCAAAGCCGUAGAUUUACUGAAAGGCAUCAAGUUUGAGUUAUGAAUACAGAGAAAGUAUUGGCUGUAAUUCUACUAGACGUUUCUGUUGAUCACAAUUACAAGGCAGGAUUAUAUACAGCCAGUAUAUUUUGUCAACCAUUUGUAUCGUCUCGUCGUGUUCCUGAGUCCUGCAGCAGAAUUUAAGUUCAGAAAUAAAGUGCUUUGUUAAAAGUCA